AUGAGUUACUACUCCGAUGAUGACUCAGACAUCGACAUUCGCAUCGAGCGUCGUCGAUCCCCGCCAGUACACUAUGUCGACAUGCCUACAUAUCCGCAGCGGCGACCCCGCCAUUAUUACCCCGCAGAUCACUCCCCGGCACCUGUGUAUCUCGAGCCAGAACGAACGACUAUUAUUGCCACCAGGUCUGCUUCUCGGGACCGCUCCCGAGAACGAAUGUCAUCGCCGCCAAGCUCGCACGCAGUCCCUGUUGUCAUAAACAAUCGCAUUUACAACGAAUACUCAUCCGACGAUGACGACAGCAAUCACCGGCUCCAACUUGUGCGCCCGCGACGACGGUCGCGUUCCAGGUCACGUUCGCAAUCGGGCCUCAUGACACGGGAGGAGUUCGAGAUGGAAAGAGCCAGGCGUGAACUUCAUGAAUUGAAACUGGCGCAAGAACUCGAAGACCGAGAGAAACGUACGGCCAAGGAGCUCCAGGAGGAGGCGGACCUCAAGCGUGCAAAGGAGGAGCUUGAUGCGAUCAAGCGUCGCCAGGCCCAGGCGGAAGAGGAAGCGCGAAUCAAAAAGGAGUUGGAGCUCAAGCGUCUCAAAGAAGAAGAACGUGAAGCCGAAGAGCAGAAACAUCGAGAGAAGGCAGCCGAAGAAGCAGUAGAGCGGUAUAAGAAGCAGGAGCUUGAGCGCAUCCAUCGGGAAAAGGAGGAGCAUGCUCUGAGAGAGAGAGAAUACCAACAUCGGUUGCAGGAACAGCUCAUCCAGUCCGGCCUCGACGAGCAACAGAUUACCGCGAUUUUGAGAAAGGAGAGGGUACCCGAACCAAAGCCAGAGCAGCCAAACCCCAAAUAUACACGGAUGGCUCGAAAACAUUUGUCUCUGGAAACCCUGAGGACUUUUGACGUUGACUACCUUAUCGACGAAGAGGAUUCGAAUUAUGUGAUCAUCAAGCGCUGGGUGCCGGAAUGGGAGCAGGAUGCCUUUUGGAAGCAUACUAAACUCGUACGGGAGAAGAGAUCCAAAUUGAUCCUUUCGGUUGACGAUAAGAAACACCAUCAUCACCGUCACCGCAGCUCGGAUUUUGAAUGGGUGCGGAAGAAGAGUGAUAGGAGACGAAGCAAGUCCCCAGCAUUGUUGAUGUAUCUCGCAGGUGCAAGGCCCGCCUAG